UCUUUUCCCCCUCACCACCUUUUCCGUGCGCUGCGAUCCAAAAUGGCCGACGGAGACCCAUUGCUUGUCCCGGAUGACUGUUUGUCCUCGACGGCACCUUUAUUGCCGCUCGCUCAGACAGACACGACGACUACAAGGCUGGUUUGCGGGGCGCCGAGACGGAUGGUGCAUGACAAGACGUCAGUGAGUGCGUGGAGGGUGCAGAUUCUGCCUGAGGCGAAGGGGGACGGGGAGGACAAUCUGGCCACGGCGUCGACUGGGUGUGGGGCGGCGGUACACAGCGGGGCGGCGGUUAUGCGGCGUGGGCCAGACACGUCUAUCGAUAGCGAGAGCCACAGCGAAACCGAACGAGGACAAGAGAAGUCAGAGUGGGGCGCGGAAGGCGGGGAGCUAGCGCGCUCGGUGGUGACCCUCGAUGCGGCGUACUUCACGCCGGCCCUACGCAUGUUGAUUGCUGGCCACGUUCAAGGGAGCAACGCGGACACUCAAAGCGCGUGUGGAUGUCUCUCGCGGGGCUUGGCGUGCGCCGUCUGUGGAAACGCUCUCGGUGUGGAGCGCAUCUUUUGUGCAACGCACGACUCGGAUGGCCCGAAAAGAUCCUAUGUCUUCCUUCAUGGCGCAGUCUCGCCACUCCCCACCCAGCCAUCACUGCACGACCUGCCAGAGCCCAAUCCCGACCUCGCCGGCGCCGACGACAGCUCGGAGUCCAGCGCAGAGGAACCCAGCUCCGAUUCAAGUUCCGACGACGGCUGGUUCCAUUAUGAGCCUUAUGAUGAAGACGCGGCAGAUGCGAUCAGGGACCGGCGGCGGGAGGAGAUGGACCGCGAACUUGAAAACUAG